GUUUCCUUAUUCUCCUCAAAAGUCAAACCCAGAUCUUUGAUGAGGAAAACUCCUAUAACCUAAAACGUCACCGUUUAAUCUUGAUAAACCAAAACUCAAAAGUGUCCUAUUAAAAGGCUUCCCCCUCAAAGUUUUCACUUUCGCAUUUCCAUCACAAACUUUUCCGUUCGAGACGCGAGAGAAACGAUGCCGUACUACUCGAGGCCAGGCGAAGAUGACGUCCAUGAAUUCGACGAGUUUGAUCCGACGCCGUACGGUGGCGGAUACGAUCUUGUCUUAACCUACGGACGUCCAUUGCAACCGAGCGAUGAGACUUGUUACCCUUCAUCGACACCGUCCGAUGGAGACUUUGAUUAUGCUCGGCCCCAUUUCUCUUCCGGUAGCGAGCACUUUGCUUACGGCGACGAAGCUCUCCAAACUGAAUACAGUAGCUACGCCCGACCCAAGCCCCGACCUGGACCCUCUUAUGGUGGUGGACCUGGUGGGCAUGGGGCUCAACAUGAACCUGGUUAUGGAAGGAGGCCUGAAUAUGAGCAAUCUGAAUCGGGUUAUCGACGUAAGCCGCAGCUUGACCGACCCGGAUCCGAAUUUGAAUCUGGUUAUUGCCGAAAACCUGAAUUUGAGCAGUCACCUUCACCGGAUUUUGGAUCCGGUUAUGGCCGGAGACCCGAAUAUGAGCAGCCACCUACACCGGAGUUGGGUUCUGGGUAUGGCCGGAGACCCGAAUAUGAGCAGCCACCUACAUCUGAGUUUAAUUCCGGGUAUGGACGGAGACCCGAAUAUGAGCAGCCUCCUCCUGAAUUUGGAUCUGGGCAUGGCCGGAGACCCGAGUAUGGGGAACACGGAUCCCAGUACGGAACUGGAAAUGGCAGGAAACCCGGUUAUGGGGAACACGGAUCCGAAUUUGUAAGGAAGCCUGCGUAUGGGCAGUCCGAAUCUGAAUACGGGUCUGGCUAUGGCCGAAAGGCAGAAUAUGAGGGUGGUGGACCUGAAUAUGGAACCGGGCACCGACGGCUGAAUGAGGUCGAAUAUGGGUCGGGUUAUGGAGAUAGGACAGAGACCGAGUAUGGGAGGAAGCAGGGCUAUGGUGGGGAGGAGUAUGGAGGAGAGAGGGGUGAGUAUGAGAGGAAACAGAGUUAUGGGAGAUCAGAGACAAAGGAAGGAGGGUAUAGGAACCCGAGUUAUGGGACGAAAGAUGAUGAUUCGGAUUCGGAUGAUGAAAAGAGGAAGAGUUAUGGCUAUGGUGGUGAAGAAGGCUAUGGUCGCAAGAAAUAUCAGGGAGGUGACAACUCCGAUGAUGAUGAAAAGAAGAAGCACCACCACUAUAAGCACCACCACCACAGGCGUCACGAUGAGGAUGAUGACUAAUCAUACUCGCAGCAACUGCAAACGGAGUCCGUGCCAUAAUAUCUACUAAAUAAAAGGUCAAGUCAUGCCUCCUUUCGAUGGUAUCUACUACCGUUUCGGAAUGCUUCAUGAGUGUCAGUGUCUGUGAUUGUCAAUAAAAUCCCCGAACAUUUGGGUUACUGCAGUUGUGCUUGCUUAUUAUCAAAUUGAUGAUGAUAAUGUAAUGCCAUGAUGUGCUAGCUUGUAAUCAACUUUAUGAUGAUACUAUAAUGCCACUAUUUUGAUGCUUUUGGUAGUUUAGACAGCAUGAUUUCUUUUGAUUUAUCCAUCGGCCAUUCAAAAGCCGGAUAGCACUAUUUUAAACGAAAGAUUUAAGUAGGAUUG